AUGGCGUCGAGGGAGGCGCAGACCCUGAGUCCGCCGGUGAACUUGAGGCUGGGCAUGAACUCGCCGACCAGCACGUCGGUCUUCUCCACCAGCUCCAUAUCAAAAAGGUGCCCGAACGACCGCACGUCCAGCACCGCCACCACGUUUGGGUUCACGCCGGUGAACAGCGGGAACGCCGGCGGAACGUUUGUCCGGAACACCGUGCUCCCGUACUUCUCGAUCCGCCUCUCGAAGAACUUCGCCGGACCCUGGAACCAGAAGUACUGCAGCCGGUCCGACAGCGGCCCGAUCACCGGCCACCCGUACCCGCCCGGGAUCGACGACCUCUGCGGCGGCGCCGCCGCAGCAGGGGACCCGGAGGAGAGCGAUGACGUCAUCAUCGUCGUGUGUGGCCGUCCGAUUGUGGUUUCUCGGCGGCGUAAUAGGUGGAGAUUUGAUUUGGGG